CAGAGAUCUCACACGGGGGAGAAGCCGUAUUCCUGUCCUGAGUGUGGGAAAUGUUUUUCACAGACGUCUAGUCUUUACACACAUCAGAGAUCUCACACGGGGGAGAGGCCGUAUUCCUGUCCUGAGUGCGGGAAAUGUUUUUCACUGAAGUCCCAGCUUACCAGACAUCAGAGAUCUCACACGGGGAAGAAGCCGCAUUCCUGUCCUGAGUGCGGGAAAUGUUUCUCACUGAAGUCCAAUCUUUUCACACACCAGAGAUCUCACACGGGGGAGAAGCCACAUUCCUGUCCUGAGUGUGGGAAAUGUUUUUCAGUGAAGUCCAAUCUUUCCAUACAUCAGAGAUCUCACACAGGGGAGAAGCCGUACUACUGUCCUGAGUGCGGGAAAUGUUUUUCACAGACGUCUAGUCUUUCCACACAUCAGAGAUCUCACACGGGGGAGAAGCCGUAUUCCUGUCCUGAGUGCGGGAAAUGUUUUUCACUGAAGUCCCAUCUUAAUGUGCAUAAAAGAUCUCACACAGGGGAGAAGCCGUAUUUCUGUCCUGAGUGUGGGAAAUAUUUCUCACGGAAGUCUAAUCUUUCCAGACAUCAGAGAUCCCACACAGGGGAGAAGCCGUAUUCCUGUCCUGAGUGCGGGAAAUGUUUUUCAAUGAAGUGCCAUCUUUCCAGACAUCAGAUAUAUCACACGGGGGAGAAGCCGUAUUCCUGUCCUGAGUGUAGGAAAUGUUUUUCACAGGUAUCCCAUCUUUACACACAUCAGAGAUCUCACACGGGAGAGAAGCCACUUUCCUGUCCUAAGUGCGGAAAAUGUUUUUCACGGAAGUCCAGUCUUUUGACACAUCAGAGAUCUCACACG